GAUUUAUUAUAGAUUCGGCAACACAUUUUUCAGAUUUUAAUUAGGUUUUAUUUUUAAGAUUCUCAUACAACUGUGGGUCAUAACGGCAAACGUGUUUCCACUGCCAACACCGCGUCGGCUGCUAGGACAAAAAAGGUGCGUUUAAACUUAGUGCAGUCCCCCGGGUUCAAUGAAAUAUCGUCGUCGGGCAAUAGAAAAAUUGUAUGGUAUUACGUAAAAAAUAAUAAUAAUAUUCAGAAUUAUACCGAGUUUCUCCGAUUGCUCAUGCCUGAGAUGAAAAAUUUAUUAAAUACACGCGUUCAAGAAGGUCCGAUUAAAUUUAAUCUCAAGCUCGAGGCCACCUACAGCCUACCAAGCGUGCUUAAUUCACUGGAGAAUAGAGCAUUUAAAACAUCGGCGCUCGAAAUAUUUAAAGAGAGUAAUAUUACAGAGAUAUUGGAGAGAGUGUAUAUUAAGUUGUUAGUUGAGGAGGAGGAAUAUCGGGGUAGAGGUAGCGGUUUCAGGUUGCAUACUAUCGAUGGGUUAUUGCUGGCUGUAUACAAAUAUACCCCGAUGGGCGGCUCGUCAUAUAUCGAUCUACCUCAAUCUAUAAAAGCCAGAAAAGCGACAAUAAACCCGCAAAACAUCGACGAACAAUGCUUUAAGUGGGCUAUUCUAGCGAGGCACGUGACAGGUCUUCCCCUGAGGCGUGUCGGUGAAAACUAUAUUAUGCAUGAGGACGAAUAUAAUUUUGAGGGUAUAAAGUUCCCGACACCUAUGGCGGACAUAAAGAUUUUCGAGGCAAAUAACCGGGGUGUCUCUGUAAACGUGUAUGGACUCACUCUCAAAACCAAAAACCUGAAGUAUCCAAAAUACGAAGUGUUUCCACUACGCGUUAUUGAUGAGGAGAAGCCUAACCAUUUCGAUCUGUUGUUGCUCAGUAACGCUAGCGGGGCACAUUACGUAUAUAUUUCAAAUUUCUCUCGGCUUGUCUCCCCUCAGAAAAAUAACCACGACGGUCUACAAUUUUUUUGUAAACGUUGUUUUACAAGUUUUGAUAAACGUAGUUUGAAAUACAAACUGAAUGGGGAGGCAGCGUUAAAUAACCAUAAACUUAUUUGCGGGCCUCACAAACCCAUCUUACCUGAGAUGCCAAAAGCUGGCGAAUGUGUUAAGUUUGAGACAUGGAGAAGCACACAGAGACACCCUAUUGUUAUAUACGCGGAUUUCGAGGCCUUGCUAGUCAAGAUUGACGAGAAGAAAGGCAAAAAAACAACAAUUGUACAGAGACAAGAGGCCAUGAGUUACGGGUUCAUAGUUAAGGCGAGUGAUAAUGUCCCGCUCGAGCUGUUAGCCGAUCACGGCAUAACUAUGGACCCUGUAAUAUACAGGGGCAGUGAGGACCGACCGGACGUAGCGAAACAUUUUGUAGAGGCGAUAGUUGAAGUUAGCAGGAAGAUAGAGACGCUUUUAAAAACGAAUACCCCGAUAAUUAUGACUGAGGAACAAGAAAAAACACAUCAAGAGUGUACAGUGUGUAAUCUAUGUAAGUGCAAUAUAGUAGGGGUCGAUAAAGUUAGAGAUCAUGACCAUCAAUCGGGCAAAUUUAGGCAAACCCUGUGCUUUAAGUGUAACUUAACGUUACAGCAGCCUAAAUUUGUCCCGGUAUUUUUCCAUAAUCUGUCAAACUAUGAUUCCCACUAUAUAAUUUCUCAACUUGGUUUCGACUCAAACUCUAUUACCGUUAUACCGAACAGUGAAGAAAAAUUCAUAUCUUUUUCAAAGUAUGUGAGUAAUAAAUUUACUGUUAGGUUUAUCGAUACGUUUAGGUUAAUGGCGACAAGCUUAGGGAAAUUAGCUGCUAACAUGAUUACACCAUUAUUUGAAAACUUCCGUGAGACAGCUUAA